GUCAAGUCUGCGCCGAUUCGCCUCGUGAAACCUCGUUUGGCUUUGGGGCAGCGGCCGAUUCCGUCUCGCCAUGGCCCGCAGGUGAUCCUCAACGCGUCCAGGUGGCUCUGGGGGUCUAGGUUAGUUUGGUGAGAGAGCAAGCUAACCGAGGGCAGGGUGACCACCCCGGGGAAUCGGGACCCAGGCUGUCAAGUAACUGGGCAGGAGGCUUAGUGAACCCAUCAGCAGUAUGGAGAAGGAAGACCUGAAAGUCCUCAAUAAGGGGGAAGAGGAUGAAAUGGAGCUGCAGGGCUACCGUCUGUGUCGCUGGCGGAUGGCCCUGGUGGGCCUCGGGGUGCUGUGUACGGGCGGCUUCCUCCUCCUCCUCCUCUACUGGAUGCCGGAGUGGUGUGUUAAAUCCACCUGCAACCGCACCAUGGUCUGUGACGCGCAGGUGGUGCUGCUACGCUCUACGGAUGAGUUCCGACGUUGGUUCCUGGCCAGGGUGCGUGUGAUGCUGGCCCCAGGGAUUAACCCUUUCCACAGCCUGGAAACCCAGACCACCUCCCCCUCUUCCCCCUGCCCCUCCCCCUCCAUGGCCAACGGACACACCCCUCAUGUCUCUGAGGAGAGCCCCGGCGAGGAGCUGAUCAGGAGAUAUGCGGACUACCAGCCCACACAGAUUCGAUAUUUCACACUCCACAGCACAAAGUACUACUGGAGCGAUGACUUGCAGAACUUUGAAGUUUUAACAGGCCUGGAGGACCUGCAGGUGAGCUGCUCCUCUCUCCACUCCCAACACACCGCGGGUCUAACCAGGCACCAGCAGGAGUACAGGAGGCUGUUCUUCGGAGUGAAUGAAAUUGCUGUGAAAGUGCCUUCUGUUUUCAAGCUGCUUAUAAAAGAGGUCCUCAACCCCUUUUACAUUUUCCAGCUCUUCAGUGUGACCCUGUGGAGUGUGGAUGAGUAUUAUUACUAUGCCGUGGCCAUUGUCUUCAUGUCACUCAUAUCCAUAACUACCUCCCUGUACACCAUCAAAAAGCAAUACGUCAUGCUUCACGACAUGGUGGCCACUCACAGUAUUGUCCGUGUGUCCGUGUGUCGGGCCAGCGGAGACAUUGAAGAGAUAAUGUCCACUGAUCUGGUGCCCGGAGACGUCAUGGUCAUCCCUAGCAACGGGACCAUCAUGCCUUGUGACGCUGUGCUGGUCAGCGGCACCUGCAUUGUCAACGAAAGCAUGCUAACAGGUGAGAGUGUUCCAGUUACUAAGACCAACCUGCCCAACCCUGUGCAGGGGGACAAGGGGCCAGAGGGCAACGAGCCCUACAACACAGAAGAGCACAAAAGACACACACUCUUCUGUGGCACACACGUUAUCCAGACCCGCUUCUACACUGGUGAGCUGGUCAAGGCCGUGGUGGUCCGCACAGGUUUCAGCACAGCCAAAGGCCAGCUUGUCCGCUCCAUCCUCUACCCCAAACCCACCGAUUUUAAGCUGUACCACGACGCCUACCUCUUCCUGCUGUGCCUGGUGGCUGUGGCCGGCAUCGGCUUUAUCUACUCUAUCGUCCUUAGCAUCAUGCACAAGGUCCCGGCUAAAACCAUCAUCAUUGAGUCCCUGGAUAUCAUCACCAUCACUGUGCCCCCGGCGCUCCCCGCUGCCAUGACGGCCGGCAUUGUCUACGCCCAGCGGCGCCUAAAAAGCAUUGGCAUCUUCUGCAUCAGCCCCCAACGGAUCAACAUCUGUGGGCAGCUCAACCUGGUCUGCUUCGACAAGACUGGGACUCUGACAGAGGAUGGUCUAGACCUUUGGGGAGUGCAGCGAGUGGAGAAUGGCAGUUUUCACCUGUCAGAGGAGAAUGCCUAUAAGGAGAGCCUGGUCAAGUCUCAGUUUGUAGCCUGCAUGGCUACCUGCCACUCUCUCACCAAGAUCGAAGGGCAGCUGUCCGGAGACCCUCUUGACCUCAAGAUGUUUGAAGCCACUGGCUGGGUCUUGGAGGAGGCCACCGAGGAGGAGACGUCACUUCACAACCGCAUAAUGCCCACAGUGGUGCGACCCCCCAAACAGCUGCUGCCACCCGAGCCCGCAAUGUCACCAGACCAGGACCUGGAGCUGUAUGAGCUGCCGUCGACCUAUGAGAUCGGUAUCGUGCGCCAGUUUCCCUUUUCCUCGGCGCUCCAAAGGAUGAGCGUGGUGGCGCGCCUGCUCGGGGAGAAGCGGAUGGAUGCCUACCUGAAGGGGGCGCCAGAGGUUGUUGCGAGUCUCUGCAAAAAGGAGACAGUGCCAGAGAACUUUGCAGAGAUUCUGGAGGAUUACACCAAGCAGGGCUUUCGGGUCAUCGCCCUGGCCCACCGCCGCCUCGAGUCCAAACUCACCUGGCACAAAGUCCAGAACAUCAACAGGGACCACAUAGAGACCAACAUGGAGUUUCUUGGUUUGAUCAUCAUGCAGAACAAACUGAAGGCUGAGACGCCCGCAGUCCUACAGGACCUCCACAGAGCCAAGAUCCGCACCGUGAUGGUGACUGGUGACAACAUGCUGACAGCCAUCUCCGUGGCCAGGGACUGUGGGAUGAUCCCUCCCCAGGACACCGUCAUCAUCGCCGACGCACUUCCUCCCCGGGACGGGCAGGCUGCCAAGAUCACCUGGCGAUACGCAGACAAGCCCAGCAAGAUGCCCCGACUGGAGGAAGUCAACAUCAGUCUGGUGGAAGUGUGUCACGUUGACGAGCCCAAUAUCCGGGAGCAGUACCACUUCGCCAUGAGCGGCAAAUCCUUCGCUGUGAUCACAGAGCAUUUCCCCGACAUGCUGCAGAAGCUGGUGCUGCACGGGACUGUGUUUGCCAGAAUGGCCCCGGACCAGAAGACCCAACUGAUUGAAGCACUGCAGGGUGUCGACUACUUUGUGGGGAUGUGUGGCGAUGGGGCCAACGACUGUGGGGCUCUGAAGAGGGCUCACGGCGGGAUCUCCCUGUCGGAGCUGGAGGCUUCUGUCGCCUCCCCCUUCACCUCCAAAACCCCCAACAUCUCCUGCGUCCCCAGCCUCAUCAGAGAGGGCCGUGCAGCUCUCAUCACAUCCUUCUGUGUCUUCAAGUUCAUGGCGCUCUACAGCAUCAUCCAGUACAUCAGUGUCACGCUGCUCUACUCGAUCCUCAGUAACCUUGGAGACUUUCAAUUCCUCUUCAUCGAUAUCGCGAUCAUCCUCCUCAUCGCCUUCACCAUGAGUCUGAACCCGGCAUGGAAGGAUCUGGUGUCACGACGUCCCCCCUCAGGUCUGAUUUCGGGGCCCCUGCUGUUCUCUGUGCUGACCCAGAUCCUGAUCUGUCUUGGCUUUCAGACCAUCGCCUUCCUCUGGGUCCGACACCAGCCCUGGUACCACGUCUGGAAGCCGCUAUCCAAUGCCUGCAAUCUGUCAUUGCACGACAACAACUCGGACCUCAACUCCACUAAGCUGGACGACCACAACAUCCAGAACUACGAGAACACCAGCCUCUUUUACAUCUCCUCCUUCCAGUACCUCAUUGUAGCCAUUGUCUUCUCCAAGGGCAAACCUUUCAGGCAGCCCAGCUACAAGAACUGGCCCUUCGUGUUGUCUACAUUGAGCCUGUAUAUAUUCCUGUUGUUCAUCAUGUUCCACCCAGUGGAAGCUAUUGAUGAAGUCCUAGAGAUUGUUUGUGUUCCAUUUGAAUGGAGGAUGAAACUGUUCGUCAUCAUCCUGGUCAACACCGCUGUUUCUGUCUUGGUAGAGACCUUCAUCGUCGAUGUCGUCUUAUGGAAGCUUGUGUUCAGCCGAGACAAGCAGGGCAGCUACGGCACCACCCCUGCUGCCCCGACACCACAGGGAGGCAUCGACCUGUGGGGGUCCAAGUGUCUCUCCUGGCUCCUCUGCCGGCGCCAGACGACCCCUAAGGCUCGCUACAUGCACCUGGCCCAAGAGCUCAGCGUGGACCCUGAUUGGCCGCCCAAGCCCACUACAACCACUGAAGCCAAGCCCCGCCCAGAAAACGGCUCCACCUACCAGAUCAUGAUUGACAGCUCCUAGCAGCCCUCACACCCCACCCCCAUCCCACCAGCACGUAACUGUAAUGGUCCAGUUCGCUCCAAAGGAGAUGGCCAAUCAGAACGCAAGCCCAUAAGGAAAGACUCUGGAAGACCUGGAGGAAGAUGACGUAGAGAAGUCUGACUGUCAGAUGAUGAAGGGACAGGUGAACUGGUAUCGUCCUAGUAAGAAACAGACUGAUGAGUUAUGAUUGGAUUGGAGGGUGGCUGGGUCAGCGCUGUGCGGUCCGGCCUGUCAGGUGCCUGAUAGUAUCACACUCUUCCGGUUUCCUCCAAAAGCCCCAGCAAAUAAAACAGUAUCUGGCAGGUACCCUGCUUCCUACCACCACAUGAACUGAACCUACCACCACAUGCAAACACUUUCUCUACCUGUAACACAUCAAC